AUGUCUCCACCAACCAAGGUCAUCUUUCCAUCUUUUAUGCUGCAGAUCAGCGGCGAGCUCUAUGCUCCUGUUGCUGGCUCCCCUGAUCGCAAGGGCGCUGCAGUUGUGAUCAGUCACCCUAUGACCGGUGUCAAAGAGCAAACUUCUGCAGACCAUGCUCUAUUGCUUUCUAAAGCUGGUUCUUAUGCCCUCACGUUCGACGCGGGGUACCAGGGCGAAAGCACCGGUCAGCCGCGUGGCCUUGAAGACCCUCACCAGAGAAUAGAAGACAAUAAGGCUGCUGUGAGCUACCUGACCACGCUUGAGGGCAAGGUUGAUCCUAGCCGUAUUGGCAGUGACUCGCGAAUCAAGGCCCUGGCUACUGUUAGUGCCGCUUGCGUCGGUCGCAUGACUCGCAAUGGAGGUCUAUACAAGGAGAAUAACAAGGAACUCCCCGAGGCUAUUGCUGGAGCUCUUCAAGCGGCCGGAGAAUGGCGAACUCAGGAGGCUCGCGGACCUCAUUCGGAAGCACCACCCAUGUUCAGUACCGAUCUCAAGCGGAUUCCUCAUGAUGCCGACUCUUUCUUCAAGGAUGCAGCCAGUUACUAUGGAUCCAAGCGUGGAAGUAAUCCAAGGUCGGACCAGAAAGUCCCUCCUUCCAGCUACGACCUCAUGGUCAGCUACGAUUCAUUCAAUUUCCAACACCUGAUCUCCCCACGACCAUUGCUCAUGGUCGCCGGAAUCAACGCUCAGACUCUUCACUUCAGUGAAGACGCAAUUGCUGCAGCCCUGGUUUCUUCCACUUCUUAG